AUGAUCUGUAUACAAUGUUUGCACCCUGUUCCAGCUCUAUACACAGUAUACGCUAAUGGUCACAUCCAAUUAACCACAUGCUCAUAUUGCAAUACAAUCGCUGAUGAAUAUGUUGAAAUUGAUGAUGUUAUUUUAUUUAUAGACAUUUUAUUAUUGAAGCCAGGUGCUUUCAGACAUAUCGUAUUCAAUUCAUUGGAAGAGAGAGUCUCAAAGAUACCAGAUUGGUUCAGGCUACAAGGAUCAGUGAGAGAGAGGUCCAUAACUCUAUUUACGAAUAUCAGUAAUUGGUCGUUAAAGUAUGAUCAAAUAAUUAGAUAUUGGAUUUUAAUCACAACUUUUGAAGUAUAUUUAAGAUGGACAGAAGAAGAUAAUAAGGCUAGGGAAUACUUCAAAAUACUCCCAACGAAAACAAAAAUAGUUUCUGAUUUAAUAACUUCCAGAAUUUUACUGCAAGACUUUUUUCACCAGUAUAUCUAUGUUGCAAUAUUUUGUGUUAUCGAUAUGUUAGUUUUAUACUUUUUAACUAUUGGCAUCAUUACGAAAUGGUUUAAAUGGGGACAAGAUAAUAAAUAUUCGGUAUACAUUUUAUCGUAUACAGUACUAAUAUCUUACGGAGCUAAAAUAUUACCGACCUUAAUGUUGAUUUGGCCUUAUGAUACUAUCUCAUAUAUGGGAAUAAUCAAAUGGGUAGCUAAUUUAUAUCUAAUUGAAUCGCUAAAAAUCAUUACAAGACUGCCGUAUUCUUCCAUAGUCUUUAUUUUCGUUGUUGUAUCUAUUUUCAGGAUGGUUGUCCCAAAACUAUUGCUAGCAUGCAUAUUUUCAAAUUCUUCAGAUGAUUUGCAAUCGAUGCUCAAUGCUGAAUAUGUGUUUGCUAUUCAAAAAUACAUAAUCUCGAAGGAUUUUUUUUAG